GCGCGAGCGCUACCGCUACCGGCUUCGCGGCAGCAGCAAGCCAGCAAGCGGCAGGAACACAGCACAGAGCACACACACGCACGGCACGGCGCAUUCGUCCAGCCCCGCGCCAUAAAUCCGAUCCCCUUCUCCUUGGCCUCUCUCUUCCCCGGCAAUUAAUGCCGCCAGCUACCAGAUCCAGCUCUCCGGAAAACCUAGGCGCCGCCCUCCUCCCCAAACAGACAAAUACCCCCACUCCUCGCCCCAUUCUACCCCUCUUCCUCCCCCAGCCGCCUCCCGGCUCGCCAUGCCAUUCCGCCCCACCGUCUCCCCUCCGCCGCCGCCGCCGCCGCCGACACCGCUAUGUCUUUCGUCGACUCGCUCUCCUCGCUCGGGCUCGGCUACGCCAUCGCCAUCGCGCUCGGCUUCCUCGUCCUCCUCGCGUCCCUCCUCCUCGCCUCCUACUUCUGCUUCCGCCGCGGCGUGGGGUCGGCGGCGAGCGAGGGGACGGUCCACUCGGGGCGCCACGCGGCCUCCUCCGCCUCCAGCUCGGGCCACAUCUCCAUCACCGUGCCCCGCUUCGUCUUCGUCGCGGAGGACGACUCCCCAGGCUCCUCCUCCCGGGGCGCGGGUGCCGCGGCGGCGUCCUCGCCCGUCGGGCUCGACCCCGCCGUGAUCGCCUCCUUCCCCAAGACGCCCUUCUCCAGGGCCGCCGCGGGGGCCAACGCCGAGGCCGCCUGCUCGAUCUGCCUCUGCGAGUACCGGGAGGGCGAGAUGCAGCGCGUGAUGCCCGAGUGCCGCCACGCGUUCCACCUCAUGUGCCUCGACGCCUGGCUGCGCCGGAGCGCGUCCUGCCCCGUCUGCCGCUCCUCGCCUAUCCCCACCCCCGCCGCCACCCCGCUCUCUGAGCUCGCUACCCCGCUCUCCGAGCUCGUCCCGCUGUCUCAGUACGCCGCUGACCGCCGCCGCCGCAGGUGACGGAGAUUGGUGCAUCUCGGCUUCCUCUAUUUAUUGUCCAUUUUCAGCACCGUCUGCUGCUGUUUGUCAAGAAUGGGACAUUGUAUCCAUUGUUUCAUUGGUCUGGAGAGGUUGGGCUAAUCCGUGGGGCAACAGUCAAACGUUUUGUUCGCUAGCAGUAGUUCGUUGGAGGUUGGCCCAAGGAGACAGACAGUGUAAAUACAUUGUUCCUCCGUUCUGAUAUAGCUUUUAUCAACUGAUGUUACAUGUGGUCAUAUAUAUAGUGCUUGUGUGGUCAUAGUCUCUGAACCAAUGCAUUCCAGUUAAAUGACUGAUGAGUUCCAUUGUACAUUUGUUCCAUGUUGAUUGCCUUGCUUUGGUAGCAUGAACAUGAAAGAAAAACUUGUUAUUGAUGCAAA